GGGCCGCUGUCGGCCGGCGUUCGGUGGCCGCGCGGGUCUGGAGGUGGGGUUUUGCUCUAGGUCGGGAGGGCGUGACCGGGCCUCUUUCCGGGCCUCCCGGCGCGUCACCUCCUUCCUCUGCGGUGGGGGUGGCCGUAGACCCGUAAGGAGAGGAAGUGGAGAAUGGCCCUCUGGAGGGAGGAGAGCGAGUGAAGCGCCGCCUCUCUAGACUCGGAGCAGAGGUGGGCGUGAGCGAAGGGAGCUUGGGACUCGCUUCCACCAAUUGAAAGAAGAUUUUGGAUGCCUCUGGCCCGAAGUGAAGCGCUGGAUCUACGUUAGCUUUUACUUUCGCUGUUGCUGGCAGGAGGAGUUGGCGGAAACACUUCUAAAACUUCUUGUGUUAAUUGGAGAGAUUUUAAUUUAAUUUGAAAAUGAGUAAGUGCAGAAAGCCACCACUGGGUUCAACUCUUGAGACAUUCAGCCCAGAUGUUGUUGCUGACAUUUCUGAACUCUUUGCCAAGAGCUUUUCUUAUGGCAAGCCACUUAAUAAUGAGUGGCAGGUACCAGAUCCCAGUGAGAUUUUCACCUGUGACCACACGGAAUUUAAUGUCUUUCUUAAUUUGAAGAACUCCCUAAAUGAAGUAAAAAACCUACUGAGUGAUAAGAAACUGGAUGAGUGGCAUGAGCACACUGCUUUCACUAAUAAAGCUGGAAAAAUAAUUUCUCAUGUGAGAAAAUCUAUGAACGCCGAACUUUGUACUCAAGCAUGGUGUAAGUUUCAUGAAAUUUUGUGCAGCUUUCCAGUUAUUCCGCAGGAAGCUUUUCAGAAUGGAAAACUGAAUUCUCUACACCUUUGUGAAGCUCCUGGAGCUUUUAUAGCUAGUCUCAAUCACUACUUAAAAUCUCAUCGAUUCCCUUGUGAUUGGAGUUGGGUAGCUAAUACUCUGAAUCCAUACCAUGAAGCAAAUGACAAUCUUAUGAUGAUUAUGGAUGACCGACUUAUUGCAAAUACCUUGCAUUGGUGGUACUUUGGUCCAGAUAACACCGGUGAUAUCAUGACCUUGAAAUAUCUGACUGGACUUCAGAAUUUCAUAAGCAACAUGGCCACUGUUCACUUGAUCACUGCAGAUGGGAGUUUUGAUUGCCAAGGAAACCCAGGUGAACAAGAAGCUCUAGUCUCUUCUUUGCAUUACUGUGAAGUAGUCACUGCUUUGAUGACUCUUGGAAAUGGUGGCUCUUUUGUUCUAAAGAUGUUUACUUUGUUUGAACAUUGUUCCAUAAACCUGAUGUACCUGCUAAACUGUUCCUUUGAGCAAGUUCAUGUUUUCAAACCUGCUACAAGCAAGGCAGGAAAUUCAGAAGUCUAUGUGGUAUGUCUCCAAUAUAAGGGGAAAGAGGCAGUCCAGCCUCUGCUAUCGAAGAUGGUGUUGAAUUUUGGGACUGAAAUAACCAGGAAAGCUCUCUUUCCCCAUCAUGCGAUUCCUGAAUCUUUUCUUAAAAGACAUGAAGAAUGUUGUGUGUUCUUUCAUAAAUACCAGCUAGAGACUAUUUCUGAGAAUAUCCGUCUGUUUGAGUGCAUGGGAAAAUGGGAACAAGCAAGGCUGAAUAAUUUAAGGGACUGUGCUGUUCAAUAUUUCAUGCAAAAGUUUCAAUUGAAACCUCUUUCCAGAAAUAAUUGGCUAGUUAAAAAAUCUAAUACAGGUUGUAGUACAAAUACAAAAUGGUUUGGGCAGAGGAAUAGAUAUUUUAAAACCUAUAAUGAAAGGAAAAUGCUAGAAACCCUUUCAUGGAAAGAUAAGGUGGCCAGAGGUUACUUUAAUAGUUGGGCCGAAGAACAUGCUGCAUAUCAUCCUGGGCAAAGUUCUCUUUUAGAAGGGACAUCUUCCAAUCUUGAGUGUCACUUAUGGCAUAUUUUAGAGGGAAAGAAACUGCCAAAAGUUAAGUGUUCUCCUUUUUGUGAUGGUGAAAUUUUAAAGGCUCUUAAUGAAGCAAUUGAAAAGUCAUUAGGAGGAGCCUUGAAUUUGGAUUCCAAGUUUAGGCCAAAACAGCAGUAUUAUUGUUCUUGCCAUGUUUUUUCUGAAGAACUGAUAUUUUCUGAGUUGUUUAGCCUUACCAAGUGCCUUCAGGAUGAGCAGGUUGUACAAACUAGCAACCAAAUAAAGUGCCUGCUUGUGGGUUUUCCAACUCUCCCUGAUAUCAAAACCAUUGAUAUACCAUUGGAAGUUCAGCUCCUUGAAUCAGCUGAACUCAUGACUUUUACCUGUUCAUUGCUUCAUGAUGGAGACCCAGCUUACCAGCAGUUAUUUUUGGACUGCCUUCUACAUUCAUUACAGCAGCUUAAUACAGGCGAUGUUAUGAUUUUGCCUGUGCUUUCUUGUUUUACAAGGUUUAUGGCUGGUGUGAUCUUUGUACUGCAUAGCUGUUUUAGAUUCAUCACAUUUUCUUGUCCCACAUCCUCUGAGCCCCUGAAGACCUGUGCAGUCCUGCUAUGUGUUGGUUACCAAGACCUUCCAAAUCCAGUUUUCCAGUAUCUGCAAAAUGUGAAUGAAUUGUUGAGUGCUUUGCUUAACUCUGAUGCAUCCCAGCAAGUUUUACAGUUUGUGCCAAUGGAAGUACUCCUUAAAGGGGAACUACUUGAUUUUGUGUGGGAUUUGAAUGCUGCCAUUGCUAAAAGGCAUUUGCAUUUGAUUAUUCAAGGAGAGAGAAUAAAGCAGCAGCAGCCUUCAGUUAUGAAAUUGAACUUUUCUUUCUGAGAUUUAAUUUUAUGGCUUCUUACAGUUUUCAUUGUAGUUGUAUCCCUUUGCUAUUAAUUUAAAACCUUUCAUUUUAGGGAAAGGCCAACUUUUGCAUCAUUUAAAGGCUUAUUAUUUCUGGAAAACCAUCAGCUGGCAACCAUCUCUAGGAUAUAUACAUCCACAGACAUAGAGUUUUCCUUGGUGGAAUCUAUGAGUGUUGAUAUUCAACCUCAAACAUGAGAUGUAUGUAUGUGCUUGGGGUGGACACACCCAUGCUAGUUUAACUGGUCUUAUUUAAUCUGCUUAAGGUUUGUACCUGUGUGCCUUCAUUCAGACUUUUUUUCAAUUAAUUUUCUCUAAAUGGCUAAUGCUGUUAAAGAAUGGUAGAGGAUUUUGUUGUUGUUGUUAAUCCUCACCUGAGGAUAUUUUUCCAUUGAUUUUCAGAUAGAGGGGAAGGGAGGAAGGGAGAGAGAGAGAGAA